GCGGUUCCGUAACGUGUCUUCACUGGGCAUGUGCCGCUCUCUGUCGGGGCGUCAUGGCGGUGCCGUGGAGCCUGUGCUGGAGGAGCAGUGCAGGAGCUGCUGUAGUGCUGGACUGGUGUUGUGGGCUCAGCAGAAGAGCUUUUACACACACGGCUUCAGCAGGCAGAAGAAGCGCGUCGUCCUCCGCUGUGACACAGGUUUUAUUCCGGCAGGGCCCUGUACAUAAUUUUAACAAACCAAUGAUCCUUGCAAGGCACAGCUCUAGAUGUCUGUUCUCAACUCCACGGGUCUGUUGCAGUAUACACAGUGAUGCAAAGUUAAAAGAUCCUUUCUCACUUGCACAAAAGGACUUGCAAGAUUUAUAUGAAGACAUAAAAAAGCAGCUGCUCGUCUCUAAAGCAGAGCUCAAAGCACUCUGUGAUUAUUACUUUGAUGGGAAGGGGAAAGCCUUUCGACCGAUGAUUGUGAUCUUGAUGGCUCGAGCUUGUAACGUCCACAGCAAUAAAGAGGGGGUUUUGCUGCCGGCGCAGCGCUCUAUCGCUAUGAUCUCUGAGAUGAUCCACACUGCCAGCCUGGUGCACGAUGACGUUAUCGAUGACUCGGACACAAGACGUGGGAAAAACACCAUUAAUAAAUUGUGGGGAGAGAAAAAAGCUAUCCUGGCUGGAGAUUUCAUUCUGUCUGCGGCCUCCAUGGCAUUAGCGCGUAUUGGGAACAAUACAGUAGUUUCUGUGCUGUCACAAGUUAUAGAAGACCUCGUACGAGGUGAAUUCAUGCAGCUAGGGUCUAAAGAGAAUGAAAACGAGAGAUUCAAGCACUACCUUGAGAAAACCUUCAAGAAGACUGCAAGUCUCAUUGCAAACAGUUGUAAGGCAGUGUCAAUUUUGGUGAAUUCUGAUCCUGAGGUGCAUGAGAUAGCCUAUCAAUAUGGACGAAACGUUGGCAUUGCAUUCCAGCUUGUGGAUGACGUUCUGGACUUCACGUCCUGCGCAAACCGCCUGGGGAAGCCGUCAGCUGCCGAUCUCAAACUGGGUCUGGCCACCGGGCCCGUUCUGUUUGCUUGCCAACAGUUUCCUGAGCUGCAUGCAAUGAUAAUGAGGCGCUUCAGCUCUGAUGGAGAUGUGGAUCGAGCCUGGCAAUAUGUCCUGAAGAGUGACGGUGUGGAACAGACUAACUACCUCGCUCAACACUACUGUCAAGAGGCCAUCCGUCAGAUCAGCCGUCUGAGGCCGUCGACAGAACGAGACGCUCUCAUCCGACUGACCGAGCUGAUGCUGCGCAGAGACAAGUGAAGCUGCACACACACACACAGAGCUCCACCUCUGCAGGGCCCGGGGACGCGCUACCGUACUGUAAUCGCAGAGCCCAGACCUCCGGUGACCUCCGCGAGAGGGCUUUCACUGGUACAGGAGGACUAACUCUGCGAGAUCAUUGUAAUUCCAGGUGUAGCACAGAUGUGCUACUGUCACGUGUGUGUGUGUGUGUGUGUCUCCAUUACAGACGCUCACUUCAACAUCCGUCCACACUACAAAAGGCCGAAUGUCUUUGAUUCCACUGUAAGUGCUCAAUAACAACCAAAGGCCUUAAACCUCACUGGCUAUUUACGUAAAUUAAAGAAGCUAUUUUUUAAAGUA